GUGGGUCCUCCUGAACACGGUGCAUUUCACUUUGGGUGGUGGGACACGAGAGCGAAGGCGGUUACCGAGGGCACUUUGGAAUUGUGUGUUGUGUUGGCAGACCCUCGUCAAGUGCUGCAUGAGUUUGUUGAAGCGUUUGUGGGGUCUCUGAAUCAUGUUAAAGCUGACAUCAUUCUAAUCGUGGCCAGUGUAAUUGUACUUGCAAGUGACAAUACAAGCAACGUGUAUGCGGCAAGCGCUCUGCGUGGCCUUCGGUUCUUUCAAAUCUUACGAAUGAUACGUGUCGAUCGAAGGGCAGGAUCAUUCAAGCUUCUAGCUUCGGUUGUAUGGGCGCAUCGUCAGGAACUUUUCACGACAAUGUACAUCGGCUUUCUGGCACUUAUUUUUGGUUCUUUCCUCAUUUACUUGGUGGAAAAAAAGGACAACAGAAAAAUCCAAAGCUUUGCGGAUGCUCUCUGGUGGGGUAUUAUAACACUUUGCACUGUUGGUUAUGGCGACACGGUGCCGAAGACUUGGAUAGGCAAAAUUAUAGCGGCUCUAUGCGCCAUUGCUGGAAUAUCUUUCUUUGCGCUCCCAGCCGGGAUACUGGGUAGUGGAUUUGCCCUGAAGGUGCAGCAGCAACAACGCCAGAAGCACCUAAUACGAAGGCGUGUACCAGCCGCCACUCUCAUCCAAUGCAUGUGGCGCUGCUAUGCUGCUGAUAAGAAGUCCACUUCCGUCGCCACAUGGAACAUUUACAAACCCCAAAUCAUCGUCGACCCACUUCGAAAGAAUGCCUCAAUCCCACCGGAAAACAGCGACAGCGUAAUUACACCGGAGUCAAGCGACGAUCAAACCGGCAGUUCCUCCUCUCACGGCAGAGCUCUAGAAACGGCAAGCCCGACAGAAGUACGCGAUGGCAGACUGGGCGCAUACUACUUUGAAACAAGCCGCCCACUGACCGAAAAAGACAAAGUUGUCAUCCGAGUGAUUCGCAAAAUUCGACUCUACGUUGCGCGGCGGAAAUUUCGCGAGGCCCUUAGACCCUAUGAUGUCAAAGACGUUAUUGAGCAGUAUUCGGCUGGACAUUUGGAUAUGGUUUCGAGGGUGAAGAUACUUCAAUCGAGGCUAGAUACCAUUCUCGGACGCCAAGGCGGCAAAUCUCCGACUGCUUACAACUCCCAUAUCAGUCUUGCAGCUCGGAUAGUUGGAAUAGAGUCCAAUCUGAAACGAUUGGAUAAGAAGAUGGACACCGUGAUACAGUUAUGCCAAAGUAUUGCAGGACAGCGACCUCAUACUGGCAGUCUUCCCCCUUCUGGCAUAUUUCCACUUUAUGCUUACAAGCCUUCCCAUCGCAGCAGAGAGACGUCGCCUGCCGUAGCUCUGCUGCAGACAUCCUUGGAUCUCUAUCUAAAUCAAACGCGCUCCCAUGAGGAUCUGUCCUCCUCCCCAGCCUCUUCAUCGACCCUCUGUCCUCCUCCUCUGGUGCAUGGACCCAUCACUGCUCCCUCUAGACGAGGCAAACAGUCUGUCUCCUUCAGCUGUGAAACUGUUCCUCAUCCGUCCAAAGGGUCCUUCAGUUCCCAGAUGUUGGAAGCGCAAGAUGGGGUGGAGAAGAGGGUUAAAGUGAGUGAAGGCGAGAGGAACCAGGCGGGACUAGACAGGGAAAAGCGCGAGAUUCCUGAGAUGGGGGAGGAUGAACCAAGCACAACACACGGAUUAUUCCCCACCACUGCCACUGCUGUUCUUCACCGACGGACGAGUAGGCGAAGGAACACCUAA